ACCGUGACAGUCCACCGACCUGUCUGCAGUGUGUUAUUUGUCACAAGCUGGUAGUGCUAAAUUUAACGCUGUGUAUCUUGUCUUUAAUCCUUUUCAUAACCACCAAAUGAAUGAAACGUUAACGUCAGUGAACAGCAGUUGAUACUCUCGCAUACAGAAAUGGCAGACGAUGAAAUAGACUACAAUAUCGUGUUUCCAGAUGCGGGGACAUCGGAGAGGCACUGGCAGGGGACAAAGGAGCCAGUUGUGAUCCUGCUGGGCUGGGCUGGAUGCAAAGACAAACACCUCUCCAAGUACAGCUCCAUCUACAAUGAACAGGGAUGUGUCACCAUACGCUACACAGCUCCCUUGAAGACAGUCUUCAUCUCUGAGUCAUUUGGCUACAAGGAGCUGAGCAGUACAGCCCUUAAAUUGCUGGAGAUCCUCUAUGAUUACGAGGUGGAGAACAGCCCUGUUUUCUUUCACAUAUUCAGUAAUGGUGGCUUCAUGCUGUACCGUUACAUCAUAGAGUUGUUGUACAAUGAUAAACAGUUCAGUUCCUUGUGUGUGAUUGGGGCCGUAGUGGACAGUGCUCCAGGUGUUGGGAAUGUUCCUGGGGCUCUGCGUGCACUGGGGGCCACCCUGGGGCCCAAAAUAAGUCCUGUUUUAAGGUACGUUCUCUUAGCCCUUUUCGCUGUGACUGUUUUCCUGUUGCGAAUCGUGCUGUACCCGUUGACCAAGUAUAUCCACAAGAACCAUUAUGACGCAGUGCUGGAGAGGCCGCCCGCCUGGCCUCAUAUCUACCUGUACUCCAGAGCUGACCAGGUGAUCAGGCACAGGGACAUCGAGCACUUUGUGGAGACACUGAAGCAGAAAGGCGUCACGGUGGACAGUUUUGAUUUUGUUUCCAGUCCCCACGUCGGUCAUUUCCGGGAUUUUCCUGAGCAGUAUGCUCUUAAGUGCCGCGAUUUCCUGGUCGCUUGCAUGAAGGACUUGGAAGGGACUGAGAUAAAGAAGAGACAGAGGAUUCAGAAUCAAUGAGACCUGGAGAGAAGCUGACAAGAUUUUGCUAACCCUCUGUUAAGCAGUCUUGUGAGGAAAAUCAGACAGCUCUUACUCAGUGGUCUGAGAAAUCGGUUAGAAAAUGAGGUCAACAUUUUUUUUGCAAGGCGGCUGGAAUUUGAGCGGAGCUAGUACAAGAUGUUGGUGAUGUUUUUCCCGUCCCAAUGCACAUAAUGGCAAGGUUCCACAAAUGUUGUUUUAGGUGUGCUAAUCUAUAUCUGGAAAACUAGCCAUAUGAAACACUGUAAUUCACAUACUCCUAAAGUGUGUGGCACAAAACUGCCCACUAAAAUGUUUCUGCAACAGUCAUAAACCAUAUGUAAUAAUAACAAUACAAACAAUUUCUAUACACUGGAAAAUAAAUCCUUUAAGAUAAUUUAACUGGUAUUUAAUAUUGCUGUGAAGUGUGAUGCAUUGUACAUUAGUAGUAGUGAUUCUAAAAGUGAGGCUGGGUAUUGGAAAAUAAUAAUUUGUAGCUUCUAUUUAUAAAAUUUACAAUGUAUUUAUGGUUUUAAUCACGCAAUUUGACAUUAAAAUUAGAUCAUGAGGGUGCUUACAUUAAAGGCAACUGUCAAAAAUUAAUACUUUUUCUUUAAUGAAUAAAAAAAAAUCUCAAAUUGUUGCCUUAAACGGUAAAUGCCUUUUGAUUGUUUUUGGUCCAGAAAUUGUAGAAAACCCAGUCCUGACAUGUAAUACACAAUUGAUUUAGUUUAAGGAAAAGGUGAUUGACUAUGAAUGUAUAUGUCCAGCACAGCUAUUGUGUUCUUUCUAACUGAUGUGCCUUCAAUAAAUUAGA